AUGGACGCCGAAACACUGUUCUAUGGCAUCAUGAUCAUGGAAAACGGGCGGCUGAAGCGAAUCACCCAAACUUUGGGAGAAGAUACAGACCGCCACAUCUAUAAAUUGGUCUAUAGCCAUACCACUAUACCGAAAAAGAGAAGUCUUGGAUGGUUCGACUACAAGAGCAUGGUCGACGACAGCCUGAACAGGUAUAGGCAGACGCUGACAUACUGUACGGCUCGCUAUACCAUGUAUGAUGAGUCAACCUCAGGAUGCACUCUCAUUCUAAUCAACCCGACCAAGGCCCGCAGCAAGCUGCGCCUCGACUUCUCACGGCCCGGUACACGCUUCAAAGAUGAUCUUGCGACACGCGGUAACUGUGUGUUCGUCUCCGUGGGAGUAUGGGGCGACUUUGAGACGGGCUAUGAUUUCAAGGUCAUCGAUAUUACCUCAGAGGUGUGGCAUAUUAUUCUGUCAGACUUGGAACAGCCGCUUGGCAAGGUCAAUAUUCUAGCGCCUCAGGCGUAG